GACGCCAUCACUAAUAUCAGUGUUAUUAAUGGCUUUUCUGUGAUAUACUGGAGAAUCUACAAUGAAGAGACCAACAUCAGCACUCAGGCUUCGGAAACUGUCGCAAGCAACGGCUACAGCAUUUUAAAGCUCCUGAGCAGACUCAAGGACCUAGAGAUCAAACUGAGAAACCUUGGCUGUCUAGUCUCAUACUAUCCUAGACGGCUUGGUCUAUGGAUAUUCUCUUCUACCCCAGGUUUUGAAUGUGUGGAUUCGCUUGCCCAGGAAUCGCCAAACCAAGACUUAAAAGACCCGGAAAAGUUACUUAUUGGAAGCACUUCGCUCAAGGGCAAGUAUCUCGCGCUAAUCCAAGAUGUCUGCCCAAGUUUGCUGACAAUUUCAACAGUCUCUGCUUCAGGUAGUAUAACGGCUACUGACCUCAUUAGGUCUCUAUCUGCCGACCCGUCUUCAACUUCCGGUCGGACAAAUUCUACUGUUCUCUAUGCAUCAUUUGUAUCUGCCGUUGCGGGACUCGUCAGUCUGCAACUUGUGCGUCGUCUUGAUGCGAUCCCAUUGGGCGCUCGGACAUUAUUUACGCCAAUUGAACCGAGCUUUUUCGGCGGUCUGGCAAUAGCCGAUGGCAACGCAGACACGCUUCCUGCUUUGACUACUCUACGAAUAGAACUUUCUUUGACCGGAAAGGUCAUCAUCUCUCUGCAUACCGCCUACCAAGAAGGGAUCUCGCGGCUAGGUGGAUAUGACCUUACAGAAGUAAACCCAGCCGACGUGAGACCCAACACAGAUAUCUGGCUCGCCCCGAAUGGGACAGUCGCUCGGUUAAUAACUUUUAAUGCUGAAGAAUCUAAUGUUUUUGCGGAGAGGCAAAAGAACGAUGGUACUACCCGUCAAUUCGUGGAGGCCAGGCAAAAGAUUUGGAAAGACACGGUUGUCGAAUGGAUGAGAGAUGUUGGUAUGUCGGUCAAUUCGUCGGAGGAAGAACAUUGGGUUGAAGUGGAAGUGUCGGAACCAUUUUAUGCACGGUUUGCAGCUGAUUACUUGCGUCAAGUGGACGAUGUUCAAACGGUGUCUCCUCUCAAACGAAUUCUUUGGCCAUCCAGAUUUUGCUUUAGGAGGGCUAAGCUCACCUCUGCAUCCUUGAUCGAUGAUCUCGAUCCUCUCGUUACCGAUUGCGAUGACCCCGUGAAUUUUGCUCAAAAUUGGAUCGGGACUGCUAGUGCCCGACAGGGAAAGCCCGUACCUAGCACCUCACAUAUGCAGCAGACGCCGCAGAACAAAGAUUCAUCAACGCCUAGGAUUGAUUUUUCCGAACCGAUCGAGAGUCUUGCUAGGGUGGCUCAAUACCCAGACCUUCAAAGCGCCAGUACAGUGUACCCUACGCCACCAGAUGGCGCUCUCGCAUCGGCCAUGAAUCAAACGGCUUCUGAGGCGUUUGGGUCCGAUGGACAUGACAUUAAUAUGUCACAUGCCCCAGGAGAUGGCGCAUUUCCAAGGCGAGGGGUGCAGAUGGCUAGGAACCUGGGUGAUGCAACGGCCGCCCGAGUUAAAAGCGAAGCGGAGAUUGCAAGCGGUCUUUACGAUACUACCGGUGACGAAGAUUUGUUUGGGGAUAUAAAUGACAAAGAUUUUGGACCAAAAGGAAUUACGGAUGAUGAUUUCAACUUUUUUGAUGAUCCUGAGAUCGAUGACUUCGAUAUGGACAAACCUGUCGCUGAACCUGCCCACGAAACACCACAGCAACCGCAACUAGAAGCAGCCGACAUUCAAACUCCGCAUGCAGUUAUUUCUAUAGACAAACCCCAAGAUGAGGGCGUUAUGCAGCCCCCUAUAAAGUCAGACCCACAGAGUGACCAGGUGCCCGAGUCUGUCUUGAACGUCGAAAAAAUUGAAGCAAAUGAACACCAAAAUAUUGCUACUGCUGCUUCCCCUGGCAAAUAUUGGACUCUUCCGGAACAAGCCAUGAGCCCUCCUCUCAGUCCAGUCGAAGUGAAGAAACUUCUAUUUUCAACGGCAGACACAGACACAACAGAAGCGGGGAAAGAUUCCAAACGUAUCGAUCUUGAUGCCGACAAAAAGCAAAGUCUUUACGAUUCGAUCUCUUUCCAACAAGGACUUACUAUGUCCGAUCAGAAAUAUUCUAACUCCGGCCAUUUCUUUUUCGCGGCCCAGAAAAACGAAAACCCAACAGCAAAUCUCGCAUCCGAGAUUCCAAAAGUGGGAUUUCCUCGGGGCCGCAAGCCAAUCCCUUCUCAUCAUUCCGAACGCCCGAAUGGGACACAGCAGUCCCCUUCGGCGACACGAAUUCCACGCUCAGCAUCUGUUUCCAGCAGUGAAACAAGUUUUGAUUCUAGCGAUGACGACUACGAAAGAGAGUCGUCGCCGGCUCGACUGACCAACCUGAAACGAAAACGUCCACUUUCCGAAGCAGAGCGAUCCACAACAUCUUCGUUAGAAAGACUAUCUAUUGCGUCUGAAAUGGACACCAACUUGACAAGAGAAGACUAUUGCGUGUUCUUAGGGAACUUUUUCUCUGUCAUCACUGACUGGUCGCUGGCUGGCUACUUUGCCUUUAAACAGAACCAGUAUUCUCCCGUCUUGAUUCGAAGAGAGGACCAUGUCCAAUUGGCACAGCUUAUGGUGGAUCAGCUUGCUCAGUCAUCACUUUCUCAUAGAAUUGAUGGCUGGAAAACAACUCCAGACCUCGAAAACGACACGGUCCCACUUCACACACCUUUAGAUGAUACCCCCAUCCUAGGAGAAAAUGAAAGACUGGAUUUUAAGACACUGGUUUCUCUGCACGACAACAUGCAAAUGACAAUGGAGACGCCUUCAGCUCGGCCAAAUAUGCAACGUAAAGAUGCCAAAGGAUCGAUUAACAAGAUUUCGCUUCCUCAUCUACAUGUGCACCGUGGAAAGGAUUAUUUAGAUGUUCUUCCCUCGUCUAUGUCGUUUUGGGAAACCUUUGGGUUGGAACCUGCCAACGGACCAAAAGACAUUUCUGCUUAUUGCAUAUACCCACAUUUCGCAACAGAAGGUGCCGAUGCCUUUAUGACACGCUUGGGACUCGUUUAUUCCAGUUGCAGUUUUGGUCAGCAUGUUAGAGGAGAUCGACAUAAGACGUUUGAAAAUGGUUUAGGGGCUUGGAGUAUCGCAAAAGGAGAUGGGGCAUAUGUGCGGACAAUGCAGUCGUUGAAAAAUCUGUGCGAAAAUCUUGGAGCCGCGUUGUCCAAAGCCCCUUCUGCCAAGGAGAAUUUUGUCAUCUAUGUUGUCAAUCCUUUUACACAUGGAGCAGCCUUUGCCGACAUUUCUGCUGCAUUUUUGCAUCUUUUUCACAAGUACAUCGGCGAUGUUGAUCGGAACUAUGCAAAGAGCCAGAUGAAUGAACUUGUUUUGCAGAUUAUUCCGAUGAGUUUCGUGUAUUCUCCAACAUCGAUAGCAGUGCCCACGCAGUGGCAAUAUCUCAAUCUGGCUCUGGAAGUCUAUGGUCGAUGCCCACCGAAGGAUGCCAGUAGUGGCAUUACAGGGUAUGCACCUCCAAUCGUUCUCGCAGAGGCUGCUCCAAAGAGCCUUCCCUUUAGAGUUACCUCGGAGCGCGUUUCUCCUUUUCAAGAAGGCCGGUGCCUUCAUUUAGCAAUCUCACGAAGUGUUGAUCAGCGCUGGAUUAGCGCGGCAUGGUCUGACAGCUCAGGUUCUUUUCAAAUAUUGAUGUCGUACUGUCUGCGAGCUCGAGGUUCAAAUGUCAACCGAACUCUGUCAGAAGUACGGCAAGAGAUAUGGGAAACUACGAAAGAUAUCAUGGAGCGAACACAAACCAGAUCAAAGGUCUUUCUUGUAAGGACGGAGCCGAUUGACCAAGAAGAGGCUGAAGCGUGGAAUGGACUUGCUGCACGCUACAAUCAAUCCAAGGCGAUGCCAGUCGAACUGACGCUUUUCAGCGUCAAUGUCGCACCUGGGCUACAUUUGGAACUUCCAGCAGCGCCAAUUUCAGCCAACAUGAUCAACCCAGCGUCAACCCCGGUGACUACACCAUACGGCGGAGUCUCAUCGCCAGACCAAUUUGGGGUUGGGACCCCAGCAAGUGGUGGUCAGGGACCGAUGAAUGCCGUGACCCCAACAGAGCUCUCAGCUUAUGUUGAACCUGAUGCAGAUGCGGUGCUUAUUGAUGCACAUGACGAGUCUUGGGCAGUGGUCCUAUCACACCGUCUUAACAACUCGACCUAUAUAACAGAAUACAGACCAGCCCUUAUCAGCGGGUACCUACUACGCCGAAAAGGCGUCAAUGACAGCCAAGGAGUUGCAGCCAUGUCUGUGAACCUGGUCCACACCUCGAGACCCUCUGGGGCAUAUGAAGCUGUGCUUAGAGAGGCCCUGAGCAGCUACCGAGAUCUGGCGACUCUCGCCCGAGCCAAAGGCACAUUAGCCGUACAGCACAACACGCUACCAUGGCAUAUUGCCACUGCCGUAAAGGGGCAGGAAUUUUUGAGCUAUGUAUUUUAA